AUGCCUCGCAAGGCCUCCACAUCCUCCAACUCUGCCCCGCCAGCAAAGCGUGCCCGCACCACGAGUGGUGACGAUGGUGCCGUCCUUAGCAAGAAGGAAAUGCUGCAGAAAAUCCCCAAGCCGACCAUGCAGGCUUUCCUCACCCAUCUUCCGUCUCUGCUGGAAAUGUCCAAGCAGCUCUGUGAUGCCCAGCGCGCUGCAUCCGAGGCACAGGCUGAGCUUCUUCGACUUCAGCUUCAGGCCAGCACCGGCCCAGCCAUGGACACUCCCCUCACUGCUAGUCAUGCAUUCGGAGAUGCAUUUCAGCAAGAUUCUCUCAUGCUUGACCAAUCUGCCAACGCAUACAGUCACCUCCCAUCGCAUGCCGGUAUCCUCCCAGAUGCAUCCAAUGGGCUCCCCUUAUAUGCGCCUCAUGUGAACGCUGAUGUCAUCGUCCCUCCCCUUGGCUUUCAGUCUGCGAUCAGUGUCAACAACAAUCUGAAGGCGACUGGCAGCAGUGAUUGCAAUCUAGAGACGACACUGGACAACAAUCUGGAGGCGACUGGCAGCAGUGAUAACAAUCUAGAGACGACACUGGACAACAAUCUGGAGGCGACGGGCCUUGUAUCAGCAUCUGGAAUCGCAUAUGCAGACAUGCUUGACGGGACCACAUUCGCACGAGCAGAUCAUUAUGGUGUGGGAGGUUUAGAGUAG